AUGUAUGCUGAAACUGUUUUUAAAUUCUGCAAAUACAUCACCGUUUCCAUCAUGGUCGCCUCCAUCGUCGUCUUCUCUCUUCGUCUCUUCUCAAAACUAGCCAUUUUCAUCGUCACUCGUCCAUGGCGUCGCUACCGCACGUUCAAGUUCCGCAGCAGUCAGGGGAAAACGGCUGUGAAUAAACAUUCGUAUCCGUUGUAUUGCGUAGUGUGCCUGCAAGAGCCAGAGGAAGGAGAUAAAAUGAGGCGGUUAACGAUUUGUCGCCACUGCUUCCACGCGGAUUGUAUUGAUCCAUGGCUUGGUGAAACGUUGACUUGUCCAUUGUGUAGAGCUGAGGUUCCGUCUUUACCACCGGUGAAUCCUCUGCUCUUACUGUUUUUUUCCGCAAACAAAGAACUCUAA